GGCAGCGUGCAGCAGACGGAUCCCGCUCUCCCAGCGGCAAGGUGAGGAAGAGCGGCUUUCCCGGAGGAUUAAAUCCCCAGAGCCAGCCCAGCCACACACGAGCGCGCACACACAGCGGCAGCAGCAGCAGCCUCCGCCACCAAGGCACGGGACUUUUCAGGGGGAGGAAAGAGCAUGUAGGAGCCGUCUAGCUCAGCCCGGAGCAGCCACAGCAGCAACAUGGCGCUGCCAAAGCUAAGCCGGCGGGCUGCCCGAGGGAACCUGGCGGGGUGUUGAACCCCGGCAGCGAGAGAAGCCGAGGCAGCCUCGGGUCCACCCCCGCAGCCCCACCUGCCCUCUCCGAUCCCGACGGUGGUGCGUCGACCAACGCGCGGGCAGCCCCUGUCUCUGGGCUCCGAGAUCUGCAAACUUUUCUCCCACGGAGCCGACGUGACUUGCCUGGAAGCGGGCGAAGGACAGAGUCCGCGGCUUCGCUGGAGCAGAGAGUAAGAUUAUAAACACGUGUGAAGGAAGGCUUCAACUCUAAGGUGGCGUCAUGCUUUCUGCAACUCCCCUGUAUGGCAACGUUCAUAGCUGGAUGAGCAAUGAGAGGGUCCGCAUGUGUGGGAUUAAUGAAGACAGGAAAAUCCCAGUAAAUGAUGGAGAUGCUUCGAAAAGCAGGCUAGAACUGAGAGAAGACAAUCAUCUCAACCACAGUGUGGUGGAUGCAACGGCAGUGCAUCGCAUUGACAGCCUUGCCGCUCUGAGCAUGGACCGGACUGGACUUAUGCGGGAAGGGCUUAGAGUACCCAGUAGUAUUGUCUAUUCCAGUUUAUGUGGACUUGGCUCUGACAAGACCCGGGAUCCUACAAGUGCUAUUGCCGGCCUUGGAUUUGCUCCUGAAAGAAAUCCAGACAUGCAGUUCAAGUCUAAUCCUACUGAAGCAAUGGAAAAUGCAGCUGGAAAACCCCCAAAUGGCUUCAGUGCUAUAUACAAAACGCCACCUGGAAUACAAAAGAGUUCUGUUCCAACUGGGGAGACCUUAGGCUUGGACAGAAGCUCAAGUGACAAACAAAGUCCUCUCAGUGUCAAUGGUGCUAGUUACCUAAGGCUACCUUGGGUAAACCCUUACAUGGAGGGUGCUAUUUAUCCUUUUCUUGAUUCACCAAAUAAGUAUUCAUUGAACAUGUAUAAGGCCUUGCUACCUCAGCAGUCCAAUUAUAGCUUGCCGCAGCACCUGACUUAUUCACCGGUAUGUACAAAUGGUGAGCGCUUUUUAUACUUGCCACCUUCUCAUUAUGUUGCUCCCCACAUUCCAUCGUCGUUGGCUUCACCAAUGAGGAUUUCGGCUGCAUCAGCAUCUCCAGCAAUUCCCCCUCUAGGGCCUUGUCCAGAGAAAAGCUUAUCUUGGAAGAUGGGAGUCAGUCCUGGAAAUCCUGUUGACUCUCAUGCCUAUCCACAUAUCCAGAACAGCAAACCACCUAGAGUCCCAUCUGCUAAGCCACCUGCUAGCAAUAUGCCAACAGACCCGGCUGUCCUGCUGUCUCAUUCACCAAGACCAUCCCCUAGAGUCCACCUUCCGACUCAGGUUGGAGAUGCCUACUCGGAGUUCCAGAAACACUUUCCUAGAAUUUCAACGUCUCCUUCUUCAGUUACACUCCCAAAGCCAUACAUGAAUGUAAGCAAUGAAUUUCCUCCUUCAAGAGUCUCUGUUGGGAAAACUCCUAAAACACAUGACACAGGUGAUGUUCCUCAGCAACCUACAGUACAUGCAAGAAAAACUAGUAACGAAAGAAAGGAAAACAGAUCUCCUCCAUUAUUAGAAAAACAACAAACUGUUACCAAAGAUAUUAUAGACAAACCACUGGAUUUGUCCUCAAAAGUUGUUGAUGUGGAGACAACCAAAUCUGAACAUGCUAAGAAAAUGGCACCAACUGUGUUAGUUCAUAGCAGGGCUGGAAGUGGGUUGGUUUUACCUGGAGGUGAUCUGCCAAAAGAGACAAUUUCUCCUGGAAAUGGUUGUCCUGUCUACAGGCCUGAAAUAAUUAGCACUGCACCUUCUUCCUGGGUGGUUCCAGGUCCAGGUCCCAAUGAAGAUAACAGUGGUAAAAAUAUUCAGUUGAAAAACAAGGCAUUAGACUGGGUGACACCACAACAGCGAAGUUCUUCUUGCCCCAGAAUGGGAGGUACGGAAGCAGUCAUCAGUAAUAUUUCAGGUUCUGUGUCAAGUGGAGGUCGGCCAGCAUCUGCUUCUCCAGCUCCAAAUGCUAAUGCAGAUUGCCCUAAGACUAACAGUUCAGUAGAAACCACAGCAUCUGUCAUACAGCAUAUAGGACAACCUCUAGCAACACCCUCUUCAAAACAUAGUAAUAAGGCAGCUAAAUGCAAUAAUCAAGAGCCCAUCUUCAAAGCAAAUGAGAGCACCCUUGCACCAAGUUCCAUAUUUUUCCCUCCAAAUGAUGCAUUCCGAUCUCCACCACUACCCUAUCCAAGAAGCUAUCUCCCAUAUCCUGUUCCAGAAGGUUUAGCUAUAGGCCCUUUGUCUCUGCAUGGAAAAGGACCUGUGUAUCCUCACCCAGUUUUGUUACCCAAUGGCAGUCUUUUUCCUGGGCAUCUGGCUCCCAAGCCUACCAUUCCAUAUAGCCUGCCAACUAGCAGAGGUGAGUUUAUGACCUAUCAGGAUGCAUUAGGUAUGGGGAUGGUGCAUCCAAUGUUGUUACCGCAUACAGCUUUAGAGCUAAAAGACGAGAAAUCUGAAAGGAGAUCUAGAUCACAUGAAAGGCUCCGUUAUGAGGAUGCUGCUCUAAGGAACAGAUUGCCAGAGAUGCUGGAAACCAAUACAAAGCUACACUUCGAAGUACCUACAGAGAGAAACAUGAAAUCGCACCAAAGUUCUAGUAAAACUACUGCCAAAAGUGAGAAACACAUGUUUUCAGAACUGAGAGAUGAGCAAGAUGUAAAAAGUGAAACGAACUUGACGAAACCCAGUUUUUCUAUUGAAAGCAGUAAUCAAACGAACGACCUCACAAAGCACAAGGUGGAACAAGCCUUUCAGCACAGAGAUUUUAUUGUAAUGAGAGAAGACUGUGGGAGAAAUAAUUUCCACGAAGUGUACAACUUUAAACAAGCCCAAAGCCCACACCCAUCAAUGUUCAAUUUGAGAAAAGAGGAUCUUUCAGUAAGCCAGAAUAGAGAGAGACUAACGGUUCCCCCUUCCUCUGUGUUUUUGGAGCCUGCUCAUGGGAACGAUGGCCUGGCUAUGUCUUUUUGCAAAAUGCCAGACGAUACUAAACAGCUUUGUAUGGGAAACGUACAGUCAAGUAUUGAGAUCAAUCAGGCAUAUGCCAAAGAUGGGACUGAGGGCAUGGAAUCUAAUGAUGGCAAACUCCUGAAACCUAAGCCGUCUAAACUGGCAAAGAGAAUUGCAAACUCUGCUGGUUAUGUAGGUGACCGAUUCAAGUGUCUCACAACCGAACUGUAUGCAGAUUCUAGCCAGCUCAGCCGAGAACAGCGGGCUCUGCAGAUGGAAGGAUUACAAGAGGACAGUAUUUUAUGUCUACCUGCUGCUUACUGUGAGCGUGCAAUGAUGCGCUUCUCAGAGUUGGAGAUGAAAGAGAGAGAAGGCCACGUAGCAACCAAAGACCCGGAGGUCUGCAGAUUCAACCAAGCAGACUGGGAAAACUUGAAAGGAAACAACGAAAAGAAGCCCAAGUCUGUCACUUUGGAAGAUGCCAUUGCUGGGCAAAAUGACAAUGCCAGAUAUGAUUUUCAUAAUGCAGAGAGCACCCAAGAUCAGAGUUUUGAAACUCCUAAGGAAAAAGGUCCUCCAGCAGACAAUUGUUUGGAGAGACUUGCUGUAUAUGAGAAGUCAAGUGACCAGUCAACAGAAGAUGCCAACCAAGUCCUUUGCCCACAUCUGGACAGAAAGCGUAAAUAUUCUGGUGAGAAAAUGCAGAAUGAUGGAAGUCUUAAAGAAAGCUUUGUAGAGGAACAAGAGGAUGAAUUUGCAGCAAAAGCAAAAAAGAGGAAGAACUCCAAAGAUGACUGGCCUGAGAGGGAAAUGACAAACAAUUCCUCUAACCACUUAGAAGAGCCCAAUUGUAAUGAGGUGACCAACCUGAAGGUGUGCAUUGAAUUAACAGGGCUCCAUCCCAAAAAGCAGCGUCACCUGCAGCAUCUUAGGGAACUGUGGGAGCAGCAGGUGUCACCAGAGAGAUCCCCACCCGGCAAGUUGGGCCGGCAAAGCAGGAAAGAUUUAGCUGAGGCUGUUCAGCCAGAGGUCACUGCAAAGGUCAAAGACUGCACAGAAGAAAGGCACACCAAGAAAAGGUCAGAGGUCAAAAGCAAUAGAAGUUGGUCUGAAGAGUCCCUCAAAACAAGUGACAAUGAACAAGGUAUCCCUCUAUUUCCAGCAUCUCCACAUAUGAAGAAUCUUUCAUCCACCAAUAUAAACAGCAAAAGGCAGACCCAGCCAAGCUGUACUCCAGCUUCAAGGUUGACUGCCAAGCAGCAGAAGAUUAAAGAAAACUGGAAGACAGAUGUGCUGGGCACGGAUGAAGAAGAGGAUUUCCAGGCUGUAUCGCUGUUGCAGAAACAUAGUGAAUGUGAGAAGCCAUCAGGGAAACGACAGUGCAAAACCAAACAUUUGGCACUGCAGGAAAGGAGAAGGAGGUCAUCCCUGACUGGGGACGACAUUACAGAUAUUGAAAGCUCUGAGGAGAAGCCCUCACAGCUGCAGAUUGCAAGCACCCCUCAGGAGACUACCCCAAGUCGUCCCAUGCCGCCAGAAGCCCGAAGGCUUAUUGUCAAUAAGAAUGCCGGAGAAACUCUUCUGCAAAGGGCAGCUCGACUGGGAUACGAGGAAGUGGUUCUGUAUUGUUUGGAAAACAAAGUCUGUGAUGUAAAUCAUCGUGACAAUGCUGGCUAUUGUGCCCUGCAUGAAGCCUGUGCCAGAGGCUGGCUGAGCAUUGUGCGACAUCUCCUUGAGUAUGGAGCCGACGUUAACUGCAGCGCUCAGGACGGAACUAGGCCAGUCCAUGAUGCAGUAGAAAAUGAUCACCUAGAAAUUGUUCGACUGCUACUUUCUUAUGGCGCUGACCCAACACUCGCUACGUACUCAGGUAGAACAAUUGUGAAAAUGACACACAGUGAACUGAUGGAAACAUUUCUAACAGAGUAUUUAACUGACCUACAAGGUCGUGCUAUUGAUGACCCUGGCUUGUACUGGGACUUCUACGGCAGUUCUGUGUGUGAACCGAAAGGCGAAUCAGGUUUUGAUAUCCUGUCUAAUCCACCUGGCCCAAGUGAUGAUGAUGAUGAUGGUUGUAGUGAUAUCUUUGAGUUUGAAUUCUCAGAUGUGCCUCUUUUGCCAUGUUAUAAUAUCCAAGUGUCUCUUUCUCAGGGACCACGAAACUGGUUAUUGCUCUCUGACGUAGCAAAGAGGCUGAAAAUGUCACCCCGGAUAUUUCGCUGCAGUUUUCCUAGUGUAGAAGUUGUCAGCAUCAUGGAGUCAGAAUUUUUCAAACAAGUGUCUCUGAGUCAGCUAUUCUCUUGCCCAAAGGAUCUAGAACCUUUCAACCCAGAAGGCAAGGAGCUGUUGGACUUGGUAGAAUUUACAAGUGAACUACAGACUUUGCUUGGAGCCUCGCUUGAGUGGUUGCAUCCAGAUGAGGACUCUGAUAUUCACUGGUGAACCUCCAGGAUCCUUAAUGUACAGUUCUCUGUAAUGUUAUUUCUUUAUGUAUAUGUGUUAAUGCAGCUGUUUCUGUAAAAAAACAAAAAGGACACUGUUUAAUAAGAUAUCUUUCCUUUAUAUACAUAUAUUAUAUAUAUAUAAAAAAAUUCCAGAUGGGUGGACUUUUGGAAGAUUUUUUUUUAAAGACUUCACUCAGUUUUUACCAAUUGUUAUAUAAUGUUCCUUUAAAUGCACACAAACUUUGGUAUAAAUUUGUUUUUACUUGGGACUUUUUUUUAAAUAAAGAAAAUGGCUUUGCUUCAUACAAAGCACUGAUUACACAGGAGAUACCUGUUAAGUGAUGUGAUCAAAGUCAUAUGGUUGGCUUGGGAGAUUGUAUUGGGUAAGGCACUUCAUGAUAUUUUUGUUUUUGUUUACAAAAUUGCCUGCUUUGGCCAGGCAAACACUAUUGAAUAUAAUUCAAUAGAUUGUAAUAUAAAUUAAAACCAUAUCCAUGCGCAUCAGCUAAUUGUGUGAACUUUUGUAUCUUAAUUUAAAAGAUGUGAAAUUUAGUUUUCACAAGGCAAACUGGAUUGUUUAUAUAUAUAUAUAUAUGUUUAAACAUUUGAUGCUCUUUAUUUAAAAGAAGACUCCAAACUAUUUUUUCUGUACCUUGUAAAAUAUUGAAAAACUAACCUAUGUUGAAGUUGCUUAAAACUGUACAGAAGCUAAUUUUUUUCUGAAUUGUGUGUUUAUGUUUGAGAUCUGUGUUUUAACUUUGUAAGUAAAUUCUCCUGCCUUUGUAUUUAUAUUUUCCAAAAAAAUUUCUUAAAGGCAAUAAAACUGUUGAGAAAACUA